GAACGUAUGCGGGCCAAGCUCCGCAGCUAUAGCCUCAGUAUGGGUUUUUCUCUUAUUGUUGUUAUUUUUGCACCUCAACGUGUUUGUUCAAUUCCCUUCACAUGGCUAGAAACCUAACUACACCGCUGGUGAGUUUUGCGUCGAUGACCCUCUUUAUCUCUGCCAGACCGGGGCUAAGCCGGUUUCGGAUUUAACCAUUGUCCGGCGAAGCGCGAUUCAAGGACUUGGGUUGUUCAUAGCUGAACAGUUGCGUCUUAUGAACCUCCUUGUCUCACUCGGCCACCAUUUGUGUCUUUAUGGGAGGGAUUGUGGACUGUGGACCCUCUAGCAGACUCUUAUUAACAGGCCAGACUUAAGCGACGUUACAUCUUAUUUCCUCAACAAACACACCGUUUCCGCUCUAUCUUGCUAUCUAAAUGGCCAAGGCUUCCCGCAUCUCCUCUAACUUCGGCAGUGACGCAGUGGAGCAGCCUCCUUACAUACCAACUAAGGAGAAGAAAAUUCAAGUAAAGUCGUCGACGGUUUGUCGCUACUAUGCGACCAGAAGUUGUCGGCGUGGUUCAGCGUGCCGCUUUGUGCAUUUGCAACCGGAGAGUGUGCCACAAGAGUAUGCUUGCCCUACCGAAAAUAUUGUGCACACGAGAACAUGUCACUACUACGCCGCCGGUUAUUGUCGACGUGGUUCAGCAUGCUAUUUUGUACAUUCGCCAGCGGAGAGUGUACCACAGGAGUAUGCUUACCCUAACGGACACGAGGUGCACACGAAAACACCACAUAAGGGAUGUGACCAAAACACCGGCCAUGGUCAUGGCUACACAGCGUACGCUACACACACGGUAGUCCCGCACAUGGCACCUUAUGGCUUCGACGCGAGAGACGCUUUUGACAAUUCCAGCAAUAUCUCUUUAUCGGACUCCACCCCGUUUGAUCAAAGUUUGAAUGCCGCAUUUCAAGUCAUGACCAUCGAAGAACCCGUCUCUUCAGAAUAUCUUCCUUCUGCGCUCUCACAAUCGUCACCAGGCUUACAAUAUCCCAACAACACGGGCACACGCUGUAGUAAUGUGGCAUACCCAGGUUACAAUCGUGGAUAUACUCCAACCGGUUCGAAACCUCGAACAGCCACCCGCAGGAAGGCAGAGCAGGGAAAGGAGAAACCAACCCUAUAUAGAACUAAACCUUGUAAAUUUUUCUCAACACGCAAGACCUGUCCUGGAGGCAAUAAAUGCAGGUUUAUUCAUGACGUGGAGAAAAGUAAACGAACAAAGAAAGCCGAUAGUCAGGCCCGUGGGACAGCGCCACCUCACUUGCCUCCGAAACCGCGUUCCCUUCAGGAAGAAUUGAAGACACACGAUUAUUAUCCUAUUACCUGGCGAGUGAUCGGUGGUGGUGUAAUGAUGGGACUACCUUGCAAGGCGUUCGCAGCGGGCUACUGCCCCGACGGCAAGAAUUGCAGGCUGGCUCAUGAGACUGAAGUCUGGACUUCUGAGAAUGGUGCAGUGCAACUUAAGACGCAAACAUCGGCGACAUCUGUGGCACCGUCAUCCUCUGCAAAACCAUCGCGAGAUUCAAGUGCUGAAUCGAAGCAUAGGAUAGUAUGCACCGACUGCUCUGAUUCGUCCCGUGUCAUUCAUAGCACCGACGGAGGCACAUCUGGUAGCAUAAAUGAUGCAGAGAAAUAUAUGUCGGCUGCAAAUUCAAAUCACGCCGUACCCUCCCAACAUCGACGUACCAGGUCGAUGUCUAUGCCGACUUCGCCGUCAGUUCUCAGAGCUCCUCAAGUGAGUGUUGUCUGCGUGUUUGGCAAUUCUGACUAACACGCCUCGAAAGAUUUCCGCAGAGUUGUGACUGCGAAUCUUGAAAGGAAAACAAUUGCCGUCGCCCGACUUGAUGAAUCUAAGGGAUGGAUGGAAGUGGCUGGCUGGGAGCUUGGCACCUAGAUUUUGAGGGUUUAUGAAUCUUGUAGCAUGUAUGUAUCAUUGAGAAU